AUGGUGAACACAGGUAGACCAUCAAGAGGAUGUUAUCUCUGCAGAUCUCGUCGUGUAAAGUGUGAUGAGAACAAACCAGGCUGUGGUAACUGCCGAAGACUGAAUCGUGAAUGUCCAGGAUAUCGACCAAUUUUCGAUGUUAUGCAUCGUAAUGAAAACUCUGUGCAGCGCAAAAGAUCUCUUGCAAUUGCAAAGACCACAGCUCUGGCAGCAGUUCAAACAACUCGUUUCCACUAUCGUAGUCCUCCUGCACAAGGGCGACUAAGACAGAAUUCCUACUCCGAUACCCAGAAAUUGGUAGAGGCAAUACAUAAUGGAACACAAUCGCUGUGUCCGCCUUUAACAGCGGCAUUAGAAGAACGCGCAAUUUGUUUCUUCCUUGCGAAUUAUGUUUUGGUUCCUCAUGGACCAAUAAAAUGUGGCUUUCUAUGGUUUCUACUACCAUUGAUGAAACUUCAACCUUCAGCAAUUUUAUCAGACUCAUUAUCUGCAGUAGCGCUAGCUACCUUUGGAAAUCAACCCAAUGCAAGGAUGUUAAAACCAAAAGCAGAGCAAGCUUACUCGAAAGCAUUGCGUCAAAUCACUAAUGCUAUCGGCGAUCCAAAACAAGUGGCUGAAGAUACUACACUCGCAGCAGUCUUGUUGCUUGAAUAUGACAGACAGCCUCGUAAAGGAAAAUCAUGGGUGGAACUCCUGGAACUCUCAUGUAAACGGUGCCACAGCGCUGCUGAAAAUGCGCGACGUAAGAGGUCCGGUGACUUCAAUAACUUUGGAGUUGGUCUGGACCGUAAAAUCACACUUGGAAAUCAAGCUAGCGGAAAUCUUCCGAUUAUAUGUAAUCAUCUUCAAGCAAAAGUUGCAAGAGCUCGUGUCGAAUGUGACAAGCUUAUGACCAGCGCAAAACGAACGACUGAAGACUUCGAAAAUGUCCUGAGUCUGAUGCAAAAAGCUAAAGCAAUAGAGCAGGGCUACCUGGAUUGGGGAGAAGCAACUUCGGGUGACUGGAGAUAUAAGCCUAUAGGAUGGAUCGACGCCAUACCAGAAGAGAAACUUGCUGGAUCAAAAUAUUUUCCGGAGUAUGAGAAAGCAAUGAUAGUCGGCAAGGAAAUGAUUCAGGAAAUUAUUGCCAGCGUACCUAAUUGCCUCGGCGAGAUACCAAAAGCUAUGGGCGAGCCAAGUUCUUCUAAACACAGCUUCGCAUGCGGAGAAGGCAAUUGUGCAAAAGGGCUGUCUGCACUUUUCAUAAUGUGGCCUUUGUUUUCCGUCGCUACGUCAGACUUUGUUACCAAGACGCAAAGGACGUGGGUUCUGGGAAGAAUGAAAUACGCGACAGAGGAGUUGGGCGUUGGCCAUGGAUCUACUAUGUACUCUGAGGUAUGUGCUAUAUUGUGA